AUGUAUCACACAGAAAAUCUAAAUUUUCUUCAAGCCGCCUUCGAAAAUGACACGAGUCCAUUGAAAACUGACUUGAUGUGCGGUGUGUACCGCACCGACUCGGGAGGGCCUUUUGUGAUGAAGGCCGUAAAAAUGGCAAAAGAGAUCCUAUAUAAUGAUCCGAACUGGAAUCACGAAUAUCCGCCCUCACACUUGGGCACAAGGGAAUUUCGACUAUUGAGUGCCAAUCUAUUUUUUGGAGCCAACAAUACCCUAAUCCAUCAAAACCGAAUCGCAUCGAUGCAGACCCUUGGCGCCAGCGGAGCUUGCCACAUGGGCGCCGUGUUUCUCGAGCGUCACUAUGGCCCCUGGAAAGACCUCGACGCGAAGGCAGUAACAUUUAAUCAUCCGAAUGUCUUUCAAUACCUAGGCAUCAAAGCCAUCAGCAUCCCAUAUUACAGUCAUCGCACUGGCAGCAUAAACUUUGAAAAAUUCCAAGCCGCUCUUGAAAGCGCCCCAAACCAAUCAGUCAUUGUCCUUCAGGUGGCUGGCAACAAUCCCACCGGCUGUGACCCUACCAUUUCCCAAUGGAAAAGAUUGGCCGAUAUUUUUCAAAGGAAGAAGUUUUUUGCCUUUUUUGAUGCAGCGUAUUUGGGUUUUGUAUCGGGUGAUCCAUUCGAAGAUAGUGAGGCUUUGCGAAUUUUUGCCAAAGCGAAUAUUCCGAUGCUAGUCGCAGCAACAUACGGCAAGAGCUUUGGGUUGUACGGCGAGCGUGUGGGAAUUUUAUUGGUGGCGACUUCUGCUGCUGAAACUACUGUCAAGGUGGAGAAGCACAUGAAGCUUCUAGCUAGAGCUGAAACGGGUGCAAUGCCCGCUUUUGGCUCAAAGAUAGUUGAGUUAAUCUUGAGUAAUGAUUCAGUUAGAAAGAUUUGGGAAGCGGACGUUCGAUCAAUCUCACAAGAGUUGAACUCACGAAGACGACAACUUCAAAUGAGGCUUCAAGAGCUUGGAACAUCCGGGGAUUGGUCGUUCCUUACAGAUCAAGUAGGGAUGUUUUCAUAUACCGGGUUCAGUCCCACUGAGGUUAAUUCUCUCCGACACCUAUACCAUGUCUAUCUUCAGGAUACAGGAAGACUUUCCAUUGCAGGUCUGAACUCAUCGAAUAUCAAUCAUGUGGCCCAAAGCAUCGAUACGGUUAUUAGGAAUAACGAAUACCGGAACGAAGGUUGA